UCGACUCUGCACAAGCAGCACAUCAUACAAAAUGAAGUAAUUUUGACAGUAUUAACCUUGACUCAAACGACAUUUAUACAUUUAAUCAUAACCCUAUUUUUGCAAGAAUGUCCACAAUCCACAAUGUUAUGAGGUCAAGGUUCAUCAGAAAUUAUAAACUAUUUUGAUAAAUCCCUGUUGUUGGUCGUAUCUAAAUUAACCGUGAUGCAGAGAACACGUUUAUUAAUGAAAUGUAUCAAACAAGAUGCAAUUAGUAUAAGAACUAAAUCAAACCUAGAUGCGUUGAAGGAACGCAUUGUAAAUGGUCCUUCCCUUCAGGAUUUCAUACACAAUCCUGAGCCGAUCCUAAAAGAUGAUCCUCAGGACUGGAAAAACUAUGAUGGCAAAUUGAAAAGAGACAAAGGAGAAGACCAAAGAUUGAGGCUGCCUCCUUGGCUAAAAACGAAAAUUCCCACUGGGAAAAACUUUAGCAAAUUGAAAGAACAGUUAAGAAAUCUGAAUUUACAUACAGUAUGUGAAGAAGCGAGAUGUCCCAAUAUUGGUGAAUGUUGGGGUGGGGGAGAACAUGGUACAGCAACUGCCACUAUUAUGUCUUUAGUGAAAAAGAAAAUGUUUGGUGACUCACCUUUUUCUUUUACAUUGGAAAGGUACUGGGAGAUACUUGUACUAGAGGAUGCAGAUUCUGCUCUGUGAAGACAUCUAGGAAACCUCCUCCACCAGACCCAAAUGAACCUGUCAACACAGCUGGUGCCAUCGCAUCAUGGGGCCUAGACUAUGUUGUGCUAACUUCUGUUGAUAGGGAUGAUUUGCCAGAUGGAGGUUCAAAUCAUUUUGCUGAAACUGUCAGGGAGAUCAAAAAGAGGAACAAAACCAUUUUAGUGGAAUGUCUUGUGCCUGACUUCAGAGGAGACCUGGACCAAGUCAAAACAAUAGUAGAUUGUGGUCUGGAUGUGUAUGCUCACAACAUUGAAACUGUUGAAGCGCUGACGCCUUUUGUAAGAGACAGAAGAGCCCAGUACAGACAAUCGCUCAAAACCCUCAAAGCUGCCAAGGAGUUCAGCCCAGAUCUGAUAACCAAAUCAUCCAUCAUGCUUGGACUUGGUGAAACUGAUGAACAAGUUGAACAGACUUUAAAGGAUCUAAGAGAAGCAGGAGUUGACUGUGUCACUCUGGGACAGUACAUGCAGCCUACAAAAAGGCAUUUGAAGGUAGUGGAGUACGUAACACCUGAGAAAUACCUGGAGUGGGAGAAAGUGGGGAACAAGAUGGGAUUCCUGUAUGUUGCCAGUGGGCCACUUGUCAGGAGUUCCUAUAAAGCUGGAGAGUUCUUCAUUGCCAGUAUUUUGAAAAAUAGAAAAACUAGUAAAUCUGUUUAAUGUUUUAGCUUCGUUUGUAGUAUAUGCAUGUAUUGUAUAUUGUAAAAAGAAUAAAUUAUUUCAACAAUA